AUGGCAGCCAAGCGAUGUGCGUGGGAGACCAGAAAUGAUAUCUGCGGGGUUAGUUUGUCUGAUCUGGCGGAGUUGUCUCUUGUCACCGGGGCAACAUGUACGGGCAUGGUUUCCAUUCCUGCUGCUCAGAUCAACGAGACUUCAGAAGGGCUUGCCUUCGUGACGCAGACAAGACUGCAAGAGCUCUCAACGAUACGAACGAGUCGACCGUGCGCUCUCAUUCUCAAAGGGUUCAUUUCCCAGAAGAUUGUCAGCCUGGGCAUCGCAUCUAAUCGCAUGCAUCAGAUUGUUCUUACGUUGUGGGAUGGCGUUGCUUCUUUAGUUGAGGCUCGCGCUGUAACAUUGGUGAACCUUGCAGUUGAUGAAAUGGAUUUCAUCAACAAAACCCAUUCAGAUGAUGAGUUAGCUCUUCGUGAUGAGUCAAAGCUGCCAGUUCUGUUUGAGAUGCGGAAAACAGAGGCGGCGGCUUCGGAUUGGAAGGCAUAUGGAACUGUCGCUGCUUUCAAUGUGUACAUCGAGUCGUUGUUGAAGUCAUUGGGUCUCUUGAGCCAGUCCAUCAUGCAUAAGACCAUUGAGAAGCAAGACUACUUUGUGCGCAGGGUUCAGAUUCCAUCCGGUGCUCGGGACGCCGUGUAUCGGCGCUCAGGUGCAUGUUCAGUUCAAUGCCGCGCAGUUCGGGGCCCACGGGAUCCACAAGAAAUGGGUUUAGAGGUUAUGAAAGUGCAUGGUGAGCAAAACCUCGCGGAGUUCUUCAAGUUUGGGGAAGGUCUUCAAGGGCACUUGGGCGUAUUUGCUUCACAAGGCGCAACAUACGUUAGGAUUGCAGAUUCCCAUCUGGCCGCAGCUCGCGGACACUGGUUUCCUGGCGAUGAGAGGUUUAAUGAAGAUAACUCUGCAGUCAAGUGCUCCAAGAUGUUCCGCAUACAAGGACUCCCCGCAGGCUCAUCGAUGACAGACGUGAUUACAGUGGCAAAGACGUUUGAGUGGGAUAUUGUGCCCAUUCGAAUUUAUCACUAUCAAGAGCUUGCUUCCGCCGUCGUUGCAGCACAGUGUGAGCCGAAACAAACCCGUGUGGCUACCAGUCUUGGCACUCUUCUCGUCACUGAGGAAGUACGACAGUACCGCAAAGCCAACAGGAAGGACCCAUCGCAGAUGCAGUCCCAAGGAGAGUCUCUAACACCAGCUUCCUCAACUUCUUCGACUACGACAGCCGUCAGAGCCCUCAACUUUUCCACACGUCGGCCAGGACCGUCUUUGCUGCCUCCCCCAGAUACGGUCAUCCAUGGCAGAGUGGAUGCACUAGAGAAGCAGUUGGGGCAAGCAGUUAAAGAUAUUGAGGCCUUACGAAGUGAUCAACUCGACACCAAAGAACAGCUGAGGGACUUGAAAAGUUCUCAAGACGUAGGUUUUAGAGAUCUUCUCAUGGCGAUUCAAGAGCUCAAAGCCGGAAGCUUCGCAUCGAACAGUUCUCCCGCGCACGCCAUUUCUCCACCUUCGAAGCAACAGCGAGUUUAA